GUGGCUGCUGGCGGCCAUGACCUGCUGCCCCGCCCGCCCGCCCGCCCGAGCGCACUAGAGGAUGAUGGUGAAAGACAGACAGAUGGCGAUGAAGAGACUGUGGUUUCAUCUGAAUUAAAAUUAAAGAUAAGGAAACCUACAAAGAGAGAAGGAAUGGACGUUAAUGAAGUUCCAGAUGCACAAGUUGAAAAGCUGCUAGAGACUGCUCAGAAUACAGCAAAAGAAUCUAAUGUAAGGACAUCAUCACUAGUAGCUUACUCUGAAUCUUUCCAAGUACCUCAGUCAGAUGGGACUCAAAGUAAGAUAUCAGCAUCCCGUUGUUUAGCAAGAGGUUCUGCAGUAGAUUGUAAUAGAAGAAAAAAUAAAAUCACCAAGAUCAAGUGUUUACAAAGAUUGACUGUACAAACAGCUGAAAAUAAACUGACAACAAGCAAAUCAAUAGAGUGUAAAGAUGAGUGCAGAGAAGCCUUGAAACAGCAUAACAGUUUGCUGUCCACAGCAGAAAAGAAUCCGGUUGUGGCAUUACAUGACUGCCGUUACCUUAAUACUUUUGUAAAGUCUUCAGUUGAUGGAAGCAGCAACAGUUAUAAAAUUGAUAGUGGCUUCUUGCACAUACUACACAGUAAAACUCUUUGUCCUGGUAGCAUUACUGGACAGAGUGGUAUGAAUGCAGUGCAACCUGAGAGAUGGUGUGCACAGGGGAUUAUAUCAUUUGAUGAAGUAGGAACAUGCCAAAACAGAGAGAAAUGUUUUUCAUGCUCUCUAAACAGAAAUAAGUGCUUCAGGGAAAGAAAAUGGAAUAUUGGUGAAAAGCCCAGGAAAAAGAUGAAGCUUUUUGAGAAAACAGAAAAAUUAGCAACCCAGAGUGUUCUCCCAGGCAGGGUCAACAGUGAGUGUGAAUUACAUACAGAAAAUAAAACUCUUGCAACAGUUUCUUUGGAAGUUUUAGGGGAAUUAAAUAGCAAUAAAAUUUGUUUGUCAUCUUCAUGUGAUCUAAUAUCAAAUGCCCAUGUGGAAACUAAUACUAAAAAAGUACUAAAUAGUCUGCCUAAACCAGUCAGUAGAAAAAUGUGCAUGAAACCUGGUGCCAUAGAAGAUAGAUUUGAGAAGAAUCUUCAGCUCCCUGAAGCUGAACAGAGUGAAAAGUCUUUCUUUAAUGCAGAAAGUAUGGCACCACAAGAUCAUUCUGACUUGAAAAGUCCUGGAGUGAUUAGAUUGGUCAGUGACAUUUCUAAUUGCUGCAGUGAUUCAGGCAGUUGUCAGAAAAAAUUGUUGAAUGAAAAAUUGUUAAAAAAACCUGAGAAGUUGCAAGCAUCCAGCUGUCAAAGAGCAAUACCAAUGCCUGGCAAAAAUGUUUGGCCUCGUGAAUCAUGUGCCAGGACUUCUGUAUGGUUUCCUAAAAAAGAUGUAACCAUCAUAGAAAAACAUUUUUCCGUAACUUCUUUCCAGGGCUGUUCGUAUCAAAACACCGAAACUUUGAGAGGUAUGGAUGUAAAUGAUAACUCCAAGCAAUUGUAUCUGCAUGUGUCUAUGACAGAAAUUAACGAACAAAAUGCAUGUAAAAUAACAGAUUCUAAUACAGAAUGUUUAGCUUCUGUUGCAAUACCAGGAUCAUCUCUCUCAGAUAUUAAUGGGGCUUUGAGGGUCACAAAAGAUGAAAACUUGGAGUUGUCAUUAGACAAAGGUAGAAGUUCUGUGACUUUUAACUCUGACAGUGUGCAGGAAGGCAAGGUAACUUUAAAUUUGUCAGGAAAACAAAAACAAGAUAAAAAUAAAGGUGCUUUAAAAGCAAAAAAUGUAGCCAUGACUUUCCAAGAUAGCACGUCUGCAGAUAAUGUAGGCAAAAUGAUCUGUAACCCUGAGAUACCUGUUACAAAACAAACUCAGGAAUUUCCAGGCUUAGUGAGAAUGUUAAGCACAGGAAAUCUGUCAAAUUUCAAAAUUCCUUUACUGAGAAAUAAAAUUGAAUCCAGGAAAGUGGACUAUAUUAGAUCAUUUGAAAGAGAAACAUACAGUCCAUUGGAACUUCUUGACAAUUCUGCUGCUACACCAGUAAGGCAGAACAGGACCAAGGAGAAUUCCCCUUUGGUGUAUUCUGACUUUUUUCUGGCCACUGCAAAGGAAAAAUCUUACCAAAUCACCAAUAAAAACUUUGGAAAUGAUGGUUCAGAAAGACUUUCAGAUGAAAAAAAAAGACUUGCUGAACAUAUUUCUUCAUGUACAUGGGACUUUUCUGAGAGAGAAUUAAUGUCACCUACUUCAGAGGGUACUUCUGGUACUGAAUUUAGAGAGAAAAGUAAUGUGGCUGAUCACUCCAGCAAAAUAGUUGAACAUUCUACUUCAUCUGAAGUAUUUGUCAAUGACGAAAAAAAAUUGAAAGAGAAGCCUACACAGAGUUCAUCUUCGAACUUUCCAGAUGUUCUUAAAGCAUAUGAAGAUGACAUUCUUGUGAUAGAUGUAAUUCAGGAUGACCCUGACCUUUUUGGAACUACUAAUGAAGGGGAGUUUGCACUGGACUGUGAAACUGAAAUUAAGAAGCAUGAUAAUAUUCUCACCCCAGUGGAAAAGCGGAAUUUUACUCCCAAAUUCCAUAACCUUCAAGAAAAUAAGGACUCAAACUAUUAUCAUGGGUAUGCAAGAGACAGUCCCAUUCAAGAAUCUGGAACAUUGCAACCUAUUGCAGAUUCCUGUGAUUCCUUGAUAACAGCUAACGAAAUUAAUAAACAUGAUUCUUCAAGAGGAAGCAGCCCUUUGGGAGGUGUAACAGAGGAGUCUUCUGAGGAUGGGCAACUGACUGAAUCAGAUGAACACACAAAGGGUUCCAGUGUGGAUGAGAAGGACAGAUUUUCAGGCAAAUCUUCUGUAAAAGAAGAAAAAGACAGCAUUUAUGAGAAAAGCAGUGAUUCUGUGUGUGCAGAAUUUGAGAGCCCUGAUCUUCCACUAGGAUUGCAGCUGUCUUGCCUGGAAGUAAAAGCCCAUCAUGGAAGCACAGUACAGAAACCCGGGAUGAAUGAUUUCAGAUAUAUAGGCAAGUGCCCACUCUUACCAUUUCCCAAUUCUAACUGUUAUGAACCAUGGAAAAUGGACAAAAGUGUACCAGUUUCCCACUCCAUCCAGAAAAUCCUGGAGAUUGAAUUGCCUCGUAAAUAUUGCAGAUUUUAUUUCAAUACGCUGCGUGGCUGUGAGAGAGCAGAAUGUUGGUUUUGGCAUAUUCCUGAAAAAGGAGAUGAAAAGAUUUGCAUGGCAGUACUUCGGACAUAUAUAAAUAUUAACGAAACAAGUCUGCUACAACGUGCAGUCCAGAUAUUUAUGAAUUACUACAGAGAAGUUACUCCUGGUUUGCAUUUUGAUUUACAAGUCCUGAAUGACCUUCUGAUUGCUUUGCUCAAGCAUUGCUUGUUGAAGGAAGUAUUUCCGCUGGUAAACAUUGGUAUAAUGAUUAAAAGGCUGCCACCUACUGAUGUGAUUCUGAAAGUGUUUGAACAUGUGGCUUCCACGAAUAUUAGAGAGGCUGUGCCUACAUUAAUAGAUGCCUUUUGUAAGCUUUUUGAUGCCGGAAUGGGUUUUGAGUCUGAACAUUUUAACUGUAUUGUUAAGUUCCUUCACCAAUUGCAAGUUUCCAGUCAGGAAAUAAAUACUAUUUUGAACAUAAAAUCCAGGUUUCAAGCAAAACAGUUUAAAAAGAACUGGCUUUGUGACAUAAAUAUGGCAAUAGCUGAAAUUCAGCACUGUAAAGAAAAAAGUGACUGGUCCAGUUUGGGAACUUUAUAUAUAAAUGUUCGAAUGGGAUGUCAAAAUUUUGGUGACCUUCAAAAAUUAACUCUCUGUAUUGCUGAAAUACUAACACGAGACUCCACAGAAGAGAGACCAGGAGUUCCUUUUUGUGAGUUUGCUGAAACAGUUAUCAAAAAUCCACAACAUAAUGAAGGAGACAAAAUUUUUCUGGGAAGAAUUGGGAUCAGUGUUAUGUAUUCUUAUCACAGAGUACUGCAGUGGUCAAAGGGCAGGAAGGUUUUGGAUAAAUUACAUGAGUUUCAGAUAUAUUUCACAAGCUUAAAAGGACUUACUGGUCCUGAGAGAUUAGCAUCAAGAUGCCAAAUCGUUAAUGUUGCUGCAGAAAUAUUUCUUAAAAGUGGAAGUCUAGAUGGAGCCACAUGGGUAUUAAGAGAUUCAGAAUGGGUAAUAGAUACAGCAGUGUGGCCCUGCGAUAGAAUAGAUGUCCUCAGUCGACACAAUCUGCUGUGUGCCCUUGCAUGUGAAUAUUUGACUAAAAGCCAGUAUAGGCAAACAUUUGAAAUUUUGCAGAAUCUACCAGGUUUCCAAACUUGUUCUGAUGCUCUAGAUGUCUCCCAAUACAGCCUUCUUUUUAACAAACUUCUAGAUGCCUGUAUUGAGAGUAAAAGCCUGGGAGUAUCUUCUUCUGUAAUAGAUUUCAUGCUUUCAAAGAAUGUUCCUAUUGAUUUUACUUUACUGAGAGGAUUAAUUACAACAUUGGGAAGGAGCUGUUUAUGGCUUAAAGCCAGGACCUAUUACAAAAGUGCUUUAUCAUUGGGUUGCUAUCCACCACUGGAAGGAAAUUUGUAUCGCAAACUUCUGCUGAUUCCUUCUUACAUGUCUGAAGUUGAGAUGCUGUUGGCUAUUGAAAUAUUCCUCGUUUCAAAUGCAAGUAAUAUUCAGAGUCCAGGUGCUACUAGUCAGACACUUCAAAUCAUACUGAAAAGAUGUGAAGAACAUAAGGUGCAAAGUAAAGAUGAUUAUCGAACAGCAAUGGACAGAGUAAUUCUAGCUGCUCGUAUAUCUGAUCCAAAGCUUUUUCUUAAGCACAUGACUAUGAACAUUAAUAUGGAACAAGUUUACAGUUUGGAACAUAAUUCUGCUAUAAAAUGGCUGAAGGAAAACAUGAAAUGGGCUGGAAAAGUCUGGCUUUUUCAGUAGCUAUUAGUUGGUAAUGAUUUUUUUUUUUUUGAACUGUUGAAGUAAUCAUUGUUGAAAAUAAUAAAUAUCAAUAAAGACUGUUUCCACUGUGUUUAUAACCUAUGUCUUACUGAUUCACAGCAACAUUUGUAAGGUUUCAAAUUGUAAAUUAUUCUUGAAAUGAUUACAGAUUAUUUUCAUAGAUGGAAAACACAAUAAUAGAAUAACUUUUUUCUGGAGGCAAGUACCAUUGGAGGUUCCCACACUGGGGUAAGUUUAGAUUCUAGUGAUAACAUUAAAAAUACCAAAACUUUUGAACUAUUUAUUUUAUUAAAAAAACAAUAACGUUGUUAUUGUGAAUGGCAGCCCAUACACCUAUCAGCAGUGCUUAUGUAUAUGUUCAGUGCUUUCAGGCUGGAUAUUUUAUAGUCAGCAGUGUCUUAGUGUGGCGCAUGUCCACUUCACCUCUUUUUUUGUUUUUUUUACUCUCAGUUGGGAAACAAUCUAGCUACUCCCCAGUUUCCUUAUACAACCUGUAUUAUGUGCCAGAUUAUCUUGCUUCCCUGAGCUAUUAAUGCUUAUUUGUAUAAAGCUUAUUUUAGUGCAGUGUUAGUCUCCUUUCAGUUCUUCCUGCAUUAAUUUUUUUUGUACAUUUUUCUGGUUUUAUUUUUUUAAUUUGUCAGACCCCCAUACCCCUGCACCCUGCCUUCUAAGGUGGUUGUAGCCCAUUUGUGUGUCCCAAUUCAGACCCUAGUUUCCUCAGUCCAAAACUUUUGGAGAUUAUAUUCCCUCCAAAUCAGUUCCUGUAGCUAUUUCAUCUUAUAUUGCUGACUGACUUGACAGUGUACCUCUUUACACAGAUCAGGAAGAUAAAUCCCUCAAAGUGCAUAGAGCUCUUGAAAAUAAAAGUUAUAAUUUGCUCUCUCAGUCAAUAUAAGAUGUUUCAUAAAACUCAAAGUUUCUGAUACAAAUAGGUGUUUCCAGAGGUGACUCUGGUGCAGUAGACUCACUUCAGUGCUAUCUUCAUCAUUUUAACUUUCAUGGGCCUGUGAUUCUUGCACCAUUCCUUAGCAGCACCAUGGCCUUUGAUAGAUCACUGCCACCAACUAUCUUGAUACUGAUGUCCAUCUAAUCACAGAUGGCUGUUUACUUGGCACAAGCUUAAGUUCUUCUACUCUUGGUUAAUAAUACCAGCAGCAUAUGUGUCUGUUUUCUUGGUAGUGACAGCUUAUCUGGAUCUGUUAACAGUCUCUUACUACAAUGGGUCUCUCAGGAGCAUUUACCACUUGAGCCUUCAGCCUUGUUGGAACUUUAAUUAUUUUCAGCAUGCUUUUUAAAUUUGUAGUACUGAAACUUUAUGAAGUGUUUAUGGACACUUUAUAAAGUGUUAAGCAUCUUCUACAUCAACCAGUUUAGUACUGCCUUUUCCCGAGGACAAAUUCUAAUUCAUACUCUUGAGUUUGAAGUCAAUAAACAGUUUUCCAAUAAGAUUAUGCAACUCUUUCCUCUAUCCCUCCCAUUCCAUGAAAUAUUCCAGGCUGUAAACCCACCACCAAUAUGACAGCAGUUCUUAUAGGCACUCAGCUCGCUGUACCAAUGGCUGUAGCACUGCUUGGAUUUGUGGGGACUGAAUUACUACAGAAGAUGCAACUGCCUGGCAUAUUCCUAACUAAAAUUAUCUCUGUACUACCCCAAAUGCAAGAGCAGUCAAAAAUAUUCCCCACUUCUUCAUUAGGUCCAUAUGGUGGAACAUUCCAACCCAGUCAACGUUUUGUCAUUAUGUCUAGAUAAUGCUGUAGUAUUAAACAAAGUUAUUUCAACUCUUGAAAAGAGUUUGUAAAGUCUUUCAGAUCUGAUGAGGACAGUACCACCUAUUCUGGAUAUCUCUGCUGAGAAGGAAGGAGAAAAACCGCACACAGCUGGGCAUUCUAAGCAUCCUGAUGUUGGGCUGUUUUGCCAGUACAGUAAAUUACUAAUUAUUAGACCCCACCAGAGUUGUGAUAAACACUUGAGCAUCAAGUUGAAAAUUUGCAGACAGCGGGUAUUGGAUAACAGCUGCCAGAUCUGAACACCUCUCAUCUGGUACUGAGAUCUUUAAUGGUCUCAGCUAUUAAUGGGAGUUCUUAACAGGGUCAACAGAGACCUCCUAAAGAGAGAGAGUGCUGAACUGUGUCUAUCUCUUCAGCAAGAAAUUGUAUUCAAUAUUAGUCUGCAACUGAGAAUUUCAGACCAACAAACAGUGCUAUCAGAAUAUGAUUGUGAACUUUUGAGUCUUCCUCACAUUAGUUUUCUUUUUUUAUUAUUAUGUUACCGAUUUGGCAUUGUAUUCACAAAUCUGUAAAACUGAAGUGUAAUUAUCCAGUUCUGCUGUAGAAGCAAUCUUAGAUGCACCUGAUUUAAUUAAAGGUUCAGUUUAUUUCCUAUAUAAGAAUUAAAUAGAUCUUAUCAGAGCUGCACGUCUGGGCAAAGAGCCAGAAAGCUCUGGGAAAACUGAACAAAAGCUGAAGAUAGUGGGAGUAGAAUUGUGUUGAAUGGUCAUAAAAUUGAUGUAGCAUAUGGGCAUCAGUACAAAACAUAAAAAGAUUGCACCUGUCUUUCCCAUAGUAACUUUGUUGCUGGAUCUAGUCCCGUGCUUAAAUCAUAAGGGGAAUCUCUAAGUGGGUGCCAUUGGUGGAAGUUUUUAAAUUAGUGCUUUUUUUUUUAUCCCAGGUUACUUUUGAUUGUAGGAGAUUUGAUUCUAGAUCUCUCAAUACAGCUAAAUGCUCCCUUUUUUAGUUUCUAGCUAGCCUUCAGUAGGAGAGUUUUGUGAAUAUGGGCCUUUGUAUGGUCAUAAAUAACUGUUUAUGGGAGAUAAAUACCAAACCCUUGCUCGCGCUCUGUCUCUCUCUCUGGGAAUCUGUUAAAGCUCUGCUGACUAAUGUUUCUUGAAAAAAGUUCAAUGUUUAUGGAGUACGAGGUCAUACCUAGAAUCUCUUUUCAGUCAGAACAAAAAAAAAAAAAAAGGUUGUGGAAACAUUACCACAAUUUGUUAUAAGUAAUACAGAUGCAUUUUUUUUUCUUUUUUUGUUUUCAAAAGAGACUGAAGGAAGCUGGGAAGUAGAGAUGUAAUAGAGUAAAUGUAUAGUUCUUUGUGUAUUGUGGAUCUAUGAAGCGGUGUGCAAAAGAGCAGUGUUUUGAUCUUUCUUGUUUUGGAUCUGGGGCUGUUUAUUGUAUUUAACCUUCUUAUACAAUAAAAAAUAUUUAAUCUCG